AUGGUCCUGAAAGGGCUCUCGAAAUUCGCACCCACAGAAAUAAUAGAAGAACUAAAAUUAAAUAAUGUAAACCCAAUAACAUGCACAGAAAUCCAAAAAGACCCACACAAUACACACCCAGUGUACAAAAUAACAUUCGCCUCAGGAACAUCAUUCGAGCACGUCAGGAAGAUAGGUAUACUCUUCAGAGUAAGGAUUUACUGGGAGAAGUAUGACUCCAGAAAACCUUUCAUCCAAUGUUACCGAUGUCAAGCACACGGACAUACUUCAGCAAACUGUAACAAGAACCCAAACUGCGUCAAAUGCGCAAAAAAUCACCUAACCAAAGACUGCCUAAAAACCAGGGACACUUCAGCCACAUGUUUCAACUGCAAAGGGGACCACCCAGCAAAUUAUAAUCAAUGCCUAGCACUACUAGCCUACCUGGCCAAACGUGCACACAUCCAAACAAGUCCUCGCCAACCACCAACUCAGAGCAACACAAUCCACGCACCAAUACCAACACCUUCCUUUCCAACAAAAUCACAAACCCACCCAACCUUACCUCACAGCAGAACAUACGCACAAGCAAUAGUGAGAAACACAACAGGAAAUACUCCCCACAAUCAAUUUGAACCACCAAGCAACAACAGCGACUUCCAAAAUAUACGUGGAAUAUUCCAAUCAAUUUCUCAUAUCAAAUCAAUGUGCGACAUAAAAACACUGAUCACAGCGUUUAAAAUGCUAGCGGACAAAUUAAAAAACUGUACCACCAACACAGAAAGGCUCGUGGCCUUCCUGGAAGUAUCUACGUUCCUCGAUGACUAG